AUGAUGGUACUUAAAAAAACACUUCUUUUAUUGUCUAUCCUGUCAGCGGGGCCCGUGGCGGCGUCCAAAUACGAUAUCAGGCUGGACACGACGGCGACAAACCUCGGCCCGCUCACCACACGCUUUACUCCUCCAGCUUCUUGUUCCGAUAUUCGCACAAGAGAUUUCUAUGGCUACUACCCUAAGCUCGAAAUGGGCUGUGAAGGACCGGGAGGAAAUGAAUGUUGCCCCCCAAAUUGGCGAGAUGAUGUUUAUUACAGCCCUGGGAUGUGCCCGGCGGGAUACCAGACUUGUACAUUGCCAACCUCCAAACAGCGCAUUGAGACGACUGCCAUGUGCUGUCCGGACAAUUUUGCCUGCAAUGGCCAAGGCAGCUGCACUCGCCCCUUAAACACGAGGAUCGCCCUUACCAUGACUGGCGCUACACACACCACCACUCGAACCGCAUACGCCAUAACGGCAACCCCGAUACAAAUCCGCUUUAAAGCUGCCGAAUCGACGAUCGUCCCAAUCCCGACGGCAUCUUUACGGCUUCCCAGGGGAUAUCUGUACAAGCGCGAGAAAAUUGGUGUCGGUAUUGGAGUUUCGGCCGCCGUUAUUGGAAUCGCGAUUGGUGUAUACUUCUGCUGCUGCUCCGGCAGAAAACAGAGAAUGGCCAGGGUACCAACAAUUCCACCGGAGAAUUAUUCUACCACCGAUACUCCUGAUGUUCCUCCGCCAGCUUAUCCGGGACGGAUGAUGAUUUGGGCAUAG